GUUAUAAAUAAUCGAAUCAACAUAAAACAAAAUUAGGAGUUAUCAUCAUUGAAUAUCUUUCUACCAUUAAGUUUUAUUUCUAAGAAUCUCAUUUCUAAACAAAUAGAAGGGGUAUAUAAUAAUCAAAUCUAAGAUUUUAAUUGGUCCAAAAUAUUUUAUACAGAUAAUUCUUAGAAUAGAGAUGGCGGUACAUGUAUAAAAGACGAUUUAAAAGAAACUGUAAAUCGUAAUCACUGUGGAGAACGAUACGAAUACGUAAGUAGUAAAUACUACUUACUCACUUACGUUGGUGUGUUUUAAGUUCGGUUGGCCUCGGUAUAAAUCGGAAAGUACGUUUUCCACGAGGAUUAACGUUUCUUAGUGUGGCAACUUUUGAAAAAGCUUACUAAGUGAAAGACAGAAACAGACUACUCUAAAAGAAGAUAAUGGGACUUUUAGCUAAAGGAAGUCCACUUAAUUGGGAAGAAACGAAAAAAUGGUCCGAUCAUGUUAGGAAACAUGGGAUAAUACAAUUCAUUAAUUUAUACAAAAAACUUAGAGACAGACAAGGUGAUGUGCUCAAGUGGGGAGAUGAGGUAGAAUAUAUAUUAGUAAAAAUUGAUGACACAGCAAAAACAGCAAAACUUAGUUUAAGAGCAGAAGAAAUAUUACAAAUUUUAAAUGAAAAAGAAGAGAAAGAUCCAUUAAAUGUUAAAUCGUUAUGGCGACCAGAAUAUGGUGCAUAUAUGAUCGAAGGAACACCAGGAAAACCAUAUGGGGGUUUAUUAGCACAUUUUAAUGUUGUCGAAGCAAAUAUGCGUUAUCGUAGACAGGAAGCAACAAAAUUGUUAAAACCUGGAGAAGUAUUAAUGUCAUUGACCAGUUUUCCAAGGCUAGGAGCAUCAGAUUUUACAGAUCCUCCAACUGUGCCAACACCAAAUGCUGGUGCCUCCAGAAGUUUGUUCUUUCCAGAUGAAGCAAUAUUCCCUGGUCAUCCACGUUUCAAAACAUUGACAAAAAAUAUUAGACAACGUCGAGGAGAAAAAGUUUCUAUAAACAUUCCUAUUUUCAAAGAUACAAAUGUUCCUUCUCCGUUUAAAGAAGAUUUCAUAAGUCAAGACAACGAUGGAUCUAGUAAUAAAGCAGCAAAGGUAGAUCAUGUUUAUAUGGAUGCUAUGGGCUUUGGAAUGGGAUGUUGUUGUUUACAGCUUACUUUUCAAGCUUGUAAUAUAGAUGAAGGACGAACGUUAUAUGAUCAACUAACGCCAUUGUGUCCAAUCAUGUUGGCUUUAACUGCUGCUAGCCCAUUUUAUCGUGGAUAUAUAACAGAUGUUGAUUGUCGAUGGAAUGUCAUUUCUUGCUCAGUUGACUGCAGAACACAAGAAGAACGUGGUUUGAAACCUUUGAAAGAAAAUCGAUUCAGAAUUCACAAAUCUAGAUAUGAUUCUAUCGAUUCGUACCUUAGCGAACAAGGAGAUAAAUAUAAUGAUGUUCCACUGAUAUAUGACACUGAGAUAUAUAAUCAAUUACUGGAUAAUGGUAUUGAUAGGUUACUUGCUCAACAUAUAGCUCAUCUGUUUAUCAGGGAUACUGUAUCUUUAUUUUCGGAAAAAAUACAUCAAAAUGAUUUAGAAGAUACUGAUCAUUUUGAAAAUAUUCAAUCAACCAAUUGGCAAACAAUGCGAUUCAAACCACCACCUCCAGAUUCUUCAAUAGGAUGGCGUGUUGAAUUUCGACCAUGCGAAGUACAAAUAACAGAUUUUGAAAAUGCAGCUAUUGUUUGUUUUAUUGUAUUGCUAACGAGAGUUAUACUCAGUUACAAAUUAAAUUUACUUAUACCAAUUAGUAAAGUUGAUCAAAACAUGGCUAAGGCACAAAAAAGGAAUGCCAUUAGAAAUGAAAAGUUUUGGUUUCGUAAAGAUAUAACAUCAAAUAUCGCAACGAAAGAAAAUAUAGAAGAGGAGUACGGUGAAUUUACCGUUAAUGAAAUUAUUAAUGGCAAGAGUGGUGUUUUUCCUGGAUUAAUACCAUUAGUAAAUUCUUAUCUUGCUAAUAUGGAUGUAGAUGCCGAUACACAUUGUACAGUACAAAGAUAUAUGAAAUUAAUUCAAAGACGUGCAUCUGGCGAACUUCUAACAACAGCUGCAUGGCUUCGAAAAGAAGUAACAUCACAUCCAGAAUACAAACAUGAUUCUGUCAUAACACAACGUAUCAACUACGAUUUAAUGAAAAAGAUAGAUAGUAUCGUAUCCAAUGAAGUUUCUUGCCCAGAAUUACUUGGACCAUGCAUAGCAUCUAAAACAACUGAUACAAUACCGCCAGCUGUUGCUAAAGCAGAAAAAUGCCCGAACAUGGAUUGUUAAUAAUUGCAUUUUUACUAUGAUCAUCCAAUUU